AUGGAAGCCCCAAUCUGAAAUCUAUAAGAUUUAGUUAUGGAUCCCUGGGCACAAUACAGAGCUGCGCGUUCUCCGAUAUCCAAGCUUCAGUGUCCUUCACCCGAGUAAACAUCACCAACAUCAGGGGAGGCGCCUUUAGCAACCUGGACAAAAAACAUCUACCGUCAAAUCACAUUUUCCUAUUCCAACAUCACCACCAUCGAUUCCUACGCAUUCCACAACCUGACUGGUUUGAACUCACUUACCUUCAGCUAUGCCAAGAUCUUCACCAUCCAACCGUAUGCUUUUAAGGACAUCAUCUACAGUCGGUCCUUGAGGAUUCAGUACACCAACAUCACAAAUCUUCAGAGCUACGCCUUUGAUCUACCUUCCAACAGCAUCCAAUCGUCCCAGAUCUCCAGAGGCUCCGUCAUGAACAUCGGCUGCAACACCCUUGAGGAACUGACGUUGGUGCAGUACCUGACAACGCCGUGCAACUGUGACAACGUCGAGCUGUACAGACGCGGAACCAGGUUCUCCGGCAGACAGCACUGCUUUGCCCCCAACCAGACCCAGAACCUCACCCCAGGCAGCAUCAACCGCUGUCAGCGUCCUGAUGUCAGUGUGCCGAGUGCGUGCCCCGGGAGUUUCAAUAAUGUUGACACUGGCGCCACACCGACCGUCAGACCUCCUAUCCCAACAAGUGGCAACUGCACCCGUGAACAGAUCCGCCUCCAGUUGGCCAAUCAAAACUACAGGGAGGCGCUGGCCUGCUUCCGGUUCAACUUCGACAUGUCGGACAACAACCUCAGCUUCAAAUUCGACAUGUUCCUUAAUUGAAGUAGGGCUUAAUCUUUGGCCUGUUUCAUAAACGUAUCAUGCUGAUAUGAAGAAACAAUAAAUAUAAAAC